ACCCGCCUGUUUAAACGCUCGCUCGUCGCCAAACGAAUAACACGAACAUCCAGUGCGUCGUAAUAAUAGUUUUACUACUGUGUACGAACUAUAAAAGUUUUUAUUUUAUUUACAUUUGACAUUCUCAAAUAAUAAUAUAGUUGUUAACCAAUCAAUUUCUCACCUUUUAUUCAAUCUUGUGAAAAAAAACAAUACUUGACUGUUUAACAAUAAUACCAUUACUACUUAUACUAUAAAACCAUCGCUACAGUACUAAAAACAACUCGAAUUAUUCAAAUUUUGUUAAUUUAUAAAUUUAUUCAUAGAACACGCGAUGACGAUAAAACGAUGACCCUGUGUGAGUCUCCUGACGAAAAGGCUUCUCCAGUGAAAGUAACAGCCUACCGAAAAGCAAUCGACAACUUAGAAAACGAUAGAAAAUGGCUUUCGGACUCGGCGAUAGGAAAAAGAAUAGGAUUGUACAAACUGAGCGGCGAACUAGGCAAAGGAAAUUUUUCACAAGUAAAAACCGGAUUUCACGAGUUAACCAAAGAACGAGUAGCAAUAAAAAUUCUGGACAAAACCAAAUUGACAGCGAAAGCGAAGAAAAUGUUAUCUCGCGAAAUUUCCGUCAUGGAAUCAAUUCAUCAUCAAAAUAUAAUUCGAUUAUUCGAAGUAAUCGAAACAUAUACCAAAUACUACUUAGUUAUGGAACAUGCAGCUGCCGGCGAGUUGUUUAAGAAGUUGAUUACUGAAGGGAAGAUGCAUGAAUCUGAAGCUAAAACCAUUUUUGCACAGCUUGUGCUAGCUGUCCAACACUUACAUGAUCGAAGCAUUGUUCACAGAGAUAUUAAAGCAGAAAAUGUUUUUUUAAGUUCCAGAGGGGUCGCCAAACUAGGAGACUUUGGUUUCAGUAUAAAAGUUUCAAGUGAUGAAAAACUGGAAACGUUUUGUGGAUCUCCGCCGUACGCGGCACCAGAAUUGUUCCUAGAUCAACGUUAUGUUGGUCGUCCAGUAGAUGUAUGGUCACUGGGAGUACUUCUUUUUUUUAUGACGACGGCUACCAUGCCAUUUCUUGGAGAGAGCAUGGCCAGCCUCAGACAGUCCAUUCUGUCUGGAAAGAUAAUCACUCCUACCUGGAUGACUCAGCCAUUAGAAAAUUUAAUAGUUUCUAUGUUGAACACGUCGUCUAGUGAUCGGUUAAGAAUUGACCAAGUGCUUAAAUCAGAAUGGUUAAAGGAAGCAUCAGCCUACCAGAAUCGAUUUAAUAACAAUGCAGUUUAUGGUCAUUGGUGUGCUUUUCCGUCAACAAGUAGUGUGGAUGUAACAGAUAUUGAGUUAAAUGCAAGAAGAGCUCUAGAAGCCCUCGGUAUAAGCAAAGUUAUGCUAGAUGAACAUGGUCCACGAGGAUCCAGGAGCAAUAUCGUUGCAACUUAUAGAAUAGUUGUGCAUAGAUUAUUGCAGCAGCGACGCCUUAUGGGUCAACCUACGACAAUGUCUGUCAACAAACCCAAAAAAACCAAAUCAAGAUUAUGUGCUAUUACAUAAACCUGAGUAAAAAUGUAGGUUAUGUAUAUAUUUUUAAUUGUAAACUAUUUUUAGUUUCUAAUAAUUGACAAUGUGUGUCGAAAAUUGUUUUAUGUUAAUUGAUAACUAGGGUGCAACUUUAGAGGCCAAAUUACAUUUAUAGUUAAACUAAAGUUAUAAUCUUAAAUACUAGUGAUAAUUAAAUUUUUUACGUUUAUAGAUAUUAACAAUCAUCAGAAUAAAAUUUUCAAUUUUAUGUAGCUCAUACUCGCCAAUUAUAUGUGUGAAUUUUAUUGAUUUUAAAAUAUAAAAAUGGUAAUUAAAAUUUUACCAACAAAUUUUGUACUAUAACUGUUAAAUAUAUUU